UCAUCCAAAUCUCACCAUCCUAUCAUCAAAGAACGACAAAACCUUCCUCCACUUUUUUGUUCGCCAUCUUAAAAAUCUUCCGUGCGUUAUCGAUCCGACAAGUCGGAGAGAAAAGAAAGAGAAAUUUUCGAUUUUGGUUUAUCAGUGCAAAAAAAACUGUAGUUAGAAAUGAAAAAUUUUUUAGACAAUAGCAACUGGCAGUAACCAGUCUUGAAUAUAUGACAACAUCAACAAUCUUAAACAACAACAAGAAACAAUCACAUUGAUAACAUCAACGACACCUUCAUCAACACUAUCCAAAUAUUCGUCCUAGCUAAAUAAAAUAAUUACAAAUAGCCGAUUAAAUCUAGCAAUAACAUCAACAAUAUCCUUAUAAGUUUGAUAACAUCAAUACCAUCUCAUCAACCUUAAUUUUAACAACAUAAUCAGCAGCAGCAACGACAACACCGACGACAUCAAAUAUAAUAAAAAAAAUUUCAAUACCAACAAAAAAAAAAAGAUUGAAGAAAUAUCCAAACAACAUUUCAAAAUGGCGGAGGCGGCAAAGCAAUUGGUGACGUCAUUGCGCCGGAAACCCGAAGAAUACGCCAACUAUGCACUGAACAAGGCACGAACGAUAUUUGGGGACAUAAAGGCAAAAAUCACCGGCGAGGACAGCAUUUCAUUUGAUGAAGCGGCUCUCAUUCUCAGUAAGGAGUUGAGCUUUCCGCGGGACAAAGCCAUCAAAUUCGUGCAGAGGUUUGACAAAAACAGUGACGGAAGGCUUUCCAGGACCGAGUUGGAGCUGCUGAAGAAGAGACUGGAAGAUACGUUUGUGAAGUCAUUAAUUACCACACAACUUACAUCUAACAAUCCUUUCAUUAAUCAUCCUCGCUAA